AUGAAUAAGUCGAGGGAUUGGAAUAUAGUGGAUGAUGAAUUGAAUAGAAAAUUGAAACAUUCGUAAGAGUUGAAAUCGUCCCUUGAUGAUUAAUCUGCUGAAUUAUUACUUCAAAAUAAAGAUCAAAAUUAAGAAUAUAAUAAUGACAUCAAUUACUACAAGGAAUUCUGGAGAUAUUAUCUACUAAAUGAAAUGACUAUAAAAAAAGUGAACGAAUUGCACACAUAAAAUUAAAAAUUACAUGAUUUGAUAGCUGAAAUCGAUGUAAAUAUUUAUGGUAAUACCUAGAAAUUGCAACAAGAAUUGCAUCAAGCUUUAAGUUAUCGACAAAAAAAGAAAAACAGACGUACCUCUUAAGAGAUCGAGAAAUCUUUUAUUUGUCCAUAUGAGAAAUGUAAUAAGUAGUAUGGGAGUGAUGUUUCUUUAAAUUUACAUAUCAAGUUGAAACAUGAUGGAGGAAACAAAACAGACAGAGAAAAAUUUGCUAAAAUGAUCAUUGAAGCACAACAAAAUGGAGAAACAAUAACUGAUUUGAAUAUCAACAUUAAAUUUCCUCCAGGAUACUUGGAUGUACAAUUUAUUUAAUUGUAGUAAUUUAAAACUCAAUUUUUGUUAAAUUAGUAAAAUUAGUUAAACUAAGAAAGGUAAUCAAUCGAAUAAGAUUGA